AUGGCUGCUCGGUGUGUAUCGAUGCUGCGCCGGGAUGUGUAUGGCCAUCGUCUGACCUGGUUAUCCCAGUUGAACGCGCCUUCUAGGCUUACCACACCUCCCAUGGAAGGUUUGUACGCAAAUACAUAUUUGAAGUGCAAUUCUAUGCCGGAUUCGUCCCCGAUAGCGAGACUCGCCCUGGGACCGUUAUUUGCUAAUUGCUCCAUCCUGCCACCGAGUGUACCGCUUCUCCUGUCGCACCGAGACGAUCUACGUCGCGAACAGUUCAAUCGCAUAGUCGGCAAGAUCGGCAUCCGAAAGAAGGACGCCGGUAUCUACUGGAACCAGUACAAGACCAAGCGCAUCAAGAUCCGCAAGAGGCGCCGAGUGAUAUGA